AUGCCUGGAAUUCCGCUCGACGCCCUCGACAACUUGGUCGGCAAGUUCAAGACCGUCUUCAAGAAGAAGGAGAAGAAGCCAAAGACCACCCCCGCGAACGACGCCAAGCCCGCCGACCCUGCUGCCACCGCCACUACUCCUGCCAGCACGGAACCCUCUCAGACUGAUGCUGCUGCUCCGGCCCCUGCCGCGGCUCCUGCCCCCUGUGGAAGCUCCCAAGGCUGCCGAGCCCGCUGCGGCCACAGACGCCCCCAGGAGGCUGCUGCUGCUGCUCCUUCUGAGCCCACUCCUGUCCCUGCUGCCGAGACCCCUGCUGCCGCUCCUGCUGCCGCUCCUGCUGCUGCUCCCGCUGCUGCUCCCGCUGCCGCUCCCGUUGUCGAACCUGCCCCCGCCGCGCCUGCCCCCGAACCCGCUGUGGCCCCUGCCCCAGCUUCCGCUCCCACUGCCACCGAGGCCCCUGCUGCUGAGGCUCCCCAGGAGGUGAAGGAGGAGCAGAAGCCGGAGGCUGCGGCUCCUGCCCCCGCCGCCGCUCCCACUCCUGUCGCUUAA